AGCAACACACUCACAUUCAUAGAUAGAUGACCUUUCCAAGCGUCCUCUCAAAUAAGAUGGCCUUGGCAGUGGUUUUCCUCGGCUUAUUGGCGAUGGCGGCGGCCGCUGCGGGCAAUUUCAACGAAGACUUCGACAUCACAUGGGGCGACGGCCGCGCGAAGAUUCUCAACAGCGGCCAGCUCCUGACGUUGUCCAUGGACAAGACAUCAGGGUCAGGCUUCCGAUCCAAGAAGCAGUACUUGUUUGGCAAGAUCGACAUGCAGCUAAAACUCGUGCCAGGGAACUCCGCUGGGACUGUUACCGCUUAUUAUCUUUCUUCUUUGGGUUCUGCUCACGACGAAAUCGACUUCGAGUUUCUUGGUAAUCUGAGUGGCGACCCUUACAUCCUCCACACAAACGUAUUCACGCAAGGGAAGGGAAACAGAGAGCAACAGUUCUAUCUCUGGUUCGACCCCACCAAGGACUUCCACACCUACUCCAUCUUGUGGAAUCCCCAAAGCAUCGUCUUUUCCGUGGAUGGAACUCCCAUAAGAGAGUUCAAGAACCUCGAGUCAAAGGGCGUCGCGUUCCCGAAGAGCCAGGCCAUGUGGAUAUACUCGAGCCUGUGGAAUGCGGACGAUUGGGCCACAAGGGGCGGGCUUGUGAAGACCGACUGGACGCAAGCCCCGUUCACAGCUUCCUACAGAGGCUUCAACGAUGCACAGGCCUGCAUCUGGUCAUCGGGAUCCUCAUCGUGUUCCUCAUCCUCCUCGUCCUCGGGAAACAACUCUUGGCUAUCGCAAUCUUUGGAUGCGACGGGCGAGCAAAGAAUCAAGUGGGUGCAGAAGAAUUACAUGAUAUACAACUACUGCGCCAACACCAACCGCUUCCCACAAGGACCACCUCCUGAAUGCUCUCCUUCUUAGAAGAAGAAAGGAGAAAACAGCACAUGCAUAUGAUCACCGGCCUCAUUCAUUUUUCUUUUCUAAUUUAGUCAUAUUUUCAUUUAUGUUGACAUAAUUCCUCUUCGACUAGGCUUGAAUCAUUAUUCCUCUCAUUUUCUUUGCAAGGAAGUGCACUAUCAGUGAGCUUUAUACCUUGUAGCUUCUUCAGUAAUAACGAAAUGUAUGGAUUUCAUGCACAUUUCUCAUAUUUUAGUGAAAUUCAAUGGUUCUUUAUA